AUCGCAGAGAGAAAUUGCGAAUCUCCCUCUCACUCUGCUCCCAUGCCACACAAUUUGUUGCGUCAUUUGGAAUUUUGGUUUCACUGAUUUCUCGCAGCUGCGAUGCUUGACAUGGUCAAGCUGAAGCUCCGCGCCUUCCUCUCCCGCCUCCGCUGGCCCGCCUCCACCCCCCGCUGCCGCCGCCAACGCCGCCCCGCAAAGCCCGCCGUAGUCGUCCGCCAAUUCGGCCGGCCGAACCCCAACAUCGACGACGACGCCGACGACGCCGCAGAAUCAAUGGCUAAGCCCAACACCUCGAAGAGCGCCGUAGUACAACUCCGUCUGGCCACGUUCAACGCCGCCAUGUUCUCCAUGGCGCCCGCCGUCUCGGCAGACCACGACAUCCGGUGCAAGUCGGCCAACGACCGGCCCAAGGGCAUACUGAAGCAGCAGAGCUUGGGGAAGUCGAAGCUGCGGGUGUCGAUCAACCUCCCCGACAACGAGAUCUCCGUCGAGAGGACCAAGCAAUUGAGGGAGAGAGCUCCCUCACAAUGUUAUUACGGCUUCGGUUCCCCGAGAUCGCACUGCGGUGCGGAGCGGAGCAUGCUGGACGUGCUGCGGGAGGUCGGGGCGGACGUCAUCGCGCUGCAGAACGUCAAGGCCGAGGAGGAGAAGGCGAUGCGGCCGCUGUCGGACCUCGCAGAGGGGCUCGGGAUGAAGUUCGUGUUCGCCGAGAGCUGGGCGCCGGAGUACGGCAACGCCAUCCUGUCCAAGUGGCCCAUCAAGCACUGGAUGGUUCAGAAGAUCUUCGACGACACCGAUUUCAGGAAUGUGUUGAAGGCCACAAUCGAGAUACCGAGAGUGGGGGAAGUGAAUUUCCACUGCACCCAUCUCGACCACCUCGACGAAAACUGGAGAAUGAAGCAGAUAAACUCGAUACUUCGGUCCAGAGACGGGCCGCAUAUCUUAGCCGGAGGACUAAACUCUCUCGACGAGACAGACUACUCGGCAGAAAGGUGGGCGGAUAUCGCCAAGUACUACGAAGAGAUUGGAAAACCAAAACCGAAGGUGGAGGUUAUGAAGUACCUGAAGGGAAAGCAGUAUGUGGAUGCCAAGCACUUCGCAGGAGAAUGUGAAGCUGUAGUAAUACUUGCUAAAGGCCAAGACGUGCAAGGGACAUGCAAGUAUGGGACGAGAGUAGACUACAUAUUGGCGUCGCCAUAUUCGCCAUACAAGUUUGUCCCAGGAUCCUACGGAGUCCUCUCAUCAAAGGGAACUUCAGAUCAUCACAUCGUCAAAGUCGACGUUACUGUCGACAGAGCAGACGACGAAAACGGCGGCAGACGCCGGCGACACCCGAAACAGAGAGUAGUGAAGAUGGAUAAGGCAUCCUCCAGAGGUAUAUGGGGAACUAGCUAAGAAUUGUGGAACUCCUGCCUUUCUUGUUGUUGUUGUUGUUGUUGUUGUUGUUGUUGCGCUGUUUGUAAGAUUCUCCCACAUCUUAUUUUAUGCCCAGUGGUGGGUCUGUGUGUAAUAGAGAGAUAGAGAGAGUGUAUGAUUGCAAGGAUCAGCUAACCAGGGGAGGGAACUGUAUAUUUUUGUUUCCCUUACCGGCUGCUGCAGUUGUUCUUUUACAUUGAGAGAUCGAGAAAAAGCAAUGCAUGAAUUUUUUUGUGAAUGAUCAACCAAAUGAAGGGAUGUAUAUAAUGUUACAUCUGCCUUGUGGCAAUUUAAGUUGGUGGAUCGUAAAAGGCUUGAACGAA